AUGCGUGGCUUGGACGCAUAUGAACGCGCUUUGUGGAACUGGGUAAACGUGUAUAAUCUCGAUGCGUUCCUCCAAGAAACGUAUUACUAUUACGAGGGCAAGGGAAUCUACAGCAUAGCCCUGUCCCGUGGGCUGAAUCUGCUGACCGUCGGCUUUGUCAUUGGAUUUUCCACCUUCCUUUUGGGAUGUGUGGAUUACUCACGAAUUCGCCAUGAUCAAGCAACUCGACUAUCAGACGUGGUCGUUUCACGUUGCGUGUCUAGGUUUUCCGGUUUCACGCUGUUACUGUUCAUGCUGUUCGUUGCCUUCUUCCUGUGGCAAUUUCUGGCAUACGUCAUGAGCGUAAUUCGUUUGAUGGACAUGUAUAGCUUCUACACAUACCUGUUGCGUAUUCCCGAUGCAGACAUUCAAACCAUCUCUUGGCCGGAAGUGGUUCGACGUAUCGGCGCAAUUCGAGAAGAGAACCCCUUGACGGCUAUAUCUUCAGCUGGAACAGCAUCAGUCACUGCCAAGCUGGAUGCACAUGACAUCGCCAACCGUAUCAUGCGGCAGGAAAAUUACCUCAUCGCGCUCUUCAACAAGGAGCUUCUCGAUUUGCGCAUUCCCUUGCCACCGCUUCUUCGACGCUGGGUCGGCGAAGAAGAGGGCAAGGGUAGGAUGCUCACGAGAGUCUUGGAGUGGAAUCUCAGGUUUUGCCUGAUGGAGUUUCUCUUCAACAGGAGCGGUAAAGUGAGGAGGAUAUUCCUGAACAGCAGGAAUAGACCACAGUUGAUCGAAGGGUUGAAGCGACGAUUCAUCUUCAUGGGCAUCUUGAACGCUAUUUUUGCUCCGCUUAUCGUCUUAUACCUCCUCAUGUACUCAUUCUUCCGGUAUUUUGAGGAGUACCACAAUAACCCAUCGAAUAUGAGUGGCCGACGAUAUACUCCCUUUGCGCAAUGGAAGUUCCGAGAGUUCAAUGAGCUUCCUCAUAAUUUUGCACGAAGGCUGAACGAGUCGUCUCCCACCGCUAGCCUGUACAUUGGACAGUUUCCCAACGAGAAAGUCACGAUUAUCGUUCGUUUCGUGGCGUUUAUUGCAGGCUCAUUUGCCGCUGUCCUGCUGCUAGCUUCUGUUCUUGACCCCGACAUGAUUGUUCACUUCGAGAUCACCCCUCAUCGGACUGUUCUGUUCUACCUGACACUCUUCGGCUCCAUCCUUGCUGUUGCGCGAGGCAUGAUUCCAGAAGAGAACAGAGUGUUCGACCCGGAGAUGCUCAUGACGGAUGUUAUACAGUACACGCAUUACAUGCCCGACGAAUGGAAGGAUCAGUUACACUCCAAGAAGGUUCACCAAGAGUUCGGAGAACUGUUCCAGAUGAAGAUUGUCAUCUACACGCAGGAACUGCUCUCAGUGCUGCUCACGCCAUUUGUUCUCUGGUACUCCCUUCCCAAUUGUGCACCAGCCAUCAUCGAUUUCUUCAGGGAGUUUAGCGUUCAUGUUGACGGACUCGGCUAUGUCUGUAGCUUUGCCGUGUUCGACUUCCAGAGGCAUGGCAACGUAAAGGUCGGUUGCUUUUCAUGA